CAGGUAUUUAUAUAAGGCUGCCUUGCAUGAAGAAACCAGUCUACUCCAGGCAGUCAGCGAGUGAACGUUAUGAAGGCUCUGGUGCUGCUGGUGCUAGUGUCCCUGGGACCGGCCUGCUUGGCCCGGCCUACCACGGUGGUCCAGUUCAGCCCAGUAGGAAAUUCCCCAGGCAUCGCUGCGGGGUUUGCCUACGCCUUCCGCGCUCCAGCCUCGGCUAACAUGCUGCCGGCAGCCCCAGGCUCGGGGCGCUCCCUCCUGCCGCCUCCCAUCGCCGGGCCCUCCAUCUUCAAAACACAGUACCACAGCCAGGACGAGCUGGGACAAUAUGCCUUCGGGUACGUAGGCGACGCAUCCACCGCCCACGAGGUGCGCACCUCAGAUGGUGCCGUGCGGGGCUCCUACACCUAUCUGGACGCUGACGGUCAGCUGCAGACUGCUAACUACGUCGCCGACCACAAGGGCUUCCGCGUGGAGGCGACGAACCUGCCCACUGCCCCGCUGCCAGGACCCUCUCCCUCUCUGAUGCCGCAGCCAGUGCAGGCAACACCUGAAGUGGCGGCUGCUACCGCUGCCCACCUCCGGGCCUUCGCGGAGGUGAAGGCCGCCCGGAGAGGGUGAACCGUGCCUCCUCCACCCACAUCAUACUUUCCCCACCCGCUUCCCUCUAUCACUCAACUCCUCCAGUCACGCCUCGCUACACCCCACGUUCACAUAUUUUUCUGAGAGCUCCACCGCCCCUCAUUACCCACAUCUAGCGCCCACUUCGGACCCACCAGGAACCAAGUCUUGCUAGCGCGCGCUGUGGGCACCAGUCAUUCUGCAACCUGGGAGGAAGAGUGACCUCUGCGGCGAGUGGCUAGCUGGCAGUGUGGCAAUCACACAAACCUGGAUGUCGGAGUUUCAGUGGUACUCUCCCUCCCUCUCCCUUCCCUUUUCCCCUUCCCUUCCCCAUGGCUGGGCUCUGAAUGUAGAUAAUAGGUUAUUUAUUGUAGCCCGGCUGUCCUCACCAUAGUCCCGAGGAGGCAUUCACUUGCUCCAAAAGCAGUAUUACUCCCCAGCUGCCCCAAAGUCGGCCCCCACCCUGGCCGCCGCGUCCGGGGUGUCGAGGCCUCACCGUCCUGGCGCCCUUUACUAUGAGUAAGAUGUAUUGUUGUGAGAUUUUAGUUCAAAUAAAAUCAUCAUAAGUAA